CGCAGAUGAGGGUUAAAGGUGUCGCCGGCAGGGAACUUUGAAGAAGGUCGCCGCUUGGGCGCUCCAGCAGCACUAGGAUCAUGGCGGAGCAGAACGACUCGCCCGUCCAUGUCCAGCAGCAGCAGCCGUCGCCGCCGCCACAACAGCAGCAGCCGCCUCCGCAGCAGCAGCAGCAACAACAGGCGCCGCCACCCCAGCAGCAGCAGCCCACGCCGGCUUCUGCACCGGCCCCGGCUCCUGCUGCACCCGCCGCCCAGGCUGUCGGCUGGCCCAUUUGCAGGGACACCUAUGAGCUGCAGGAGGUGAUCGGUAGUGGCGCUACAGCUGUUGUCCAGGCAGCGCUAUGCAAACCCAGACAAGAACGGGUAGCAAUAAAAAGAAUCAAUUUAGAAAAAUGUCAGACCAGUAUGGAUGAAUUGCUGAAAGAAAUUCAAGCCAUGAGUCAAUGCAGCCAUCCCAACAUAGUCACGUAUUAUACAUCUUUUGUGGUCAAGGAUGAGCUUUGGUUGGUCAUGAAGCUGUUAAGUGGAGGAUCAAUGCUGGAUAUAAUAAAGUACAUCGUCAACAGAGGAGAACACAAGAAUGGUGUCCUUGAAGAAUCAAUAAUAGCAACAAUUCUUAAAGAGGUUUUGGAAGGCUUAGAUUAUCUACACAGGAAUGGACAAAUUCAUAGGGAUUUAAAAGCCGGUAAUAUUCUUUUGGGUGAAGAUGGUUCAGUACAAAUAGCAGAUUUUGGUGUUAGUGCAUUUUUAGCCACAGGAGGAGACGUUACCCGUAACAAAGUAAGGAAGACAUUUGUCGGUACACCAUGUUGGAUGGCACCUGAAGUCAUGGAACAGGUUAGAGGCUAUGACUUCAAGGCUGAUAUUUGGAGCUUUGGAAUAACAGCCAUUGAACUGGCGACAGGAGCUGCACCUUACCACAAAUAUCCUCCAAUGAAAGUGUUAAUGCUGACAUUGCAAAAUGACCCUCCAACAUUGGAAACGGGCGUGGAAGAUAAAGAAAUGACAAAGAAGUACGGCAAGUCCUUUAGGAAACUAAUUUCAUUAUGUCUUCAAAAAGACCCUUCUAAAAGGCCCACGGCAGCAGAACUUUUAAAAUGCAAGUUUUUCCAGAAAGCCAAGACUAGAGAAUACUUGAUUGAAAAGCUUCUUACAAAGACCCCUGACAUAGGCCAAAGAGCAAAAAAGGUUAGAAGAGUACCCGGUUCCAGUGGCCACCUCCACAAGACAGAAGACGGAGACUGGGAGUGGAGUGAUGAUGAAAUGGACGAAAAGAGUGAAGAAGGCAAAGCUGCUUUUUCCCAAGAAAAGUCACGAAGGGUAAAAGAGGAGAAUGCUGAGAUUUCUAUGAAUUCCGGAAACAUCCCUGAUCAAAUACAGAAUCUGUCUCUACAAGGUUCUCGGACUCGAACAGCUGUUUGCAAUGAAUAUAGUGAUGCUCCGUGUGCUGUGAAUCUUGUUUUAAGAUUAAGGAAUUCCAGAAAGGAACUUAAUGACAUACGAUUCGAGUUUACUCCAGGCAGAGAUACAGCAGAUGGCGUAUCUCAAGAGCUGUUCUCUGCAGGGCUGGUUGACGGCCACGAUGUAGUUAUAGUUGCUGCUAAUUUACAAAAAAUAGUAGAUGACCCCAAGGCCUUGAAAACAUUAACCUUUAAGCUGGCUUCCGGCUGUGAUGGCACCGAGAUCCCGGAUGAGAUAAAACUGAUUGGCUUUGCUCAGUUAAGUGUCAGCUGAUGCCAACCACCUGACCCCCAGCAGAACGGCGAGAUCGCAAAGAGGCCAGCUUUCAUUAGCGAAGGAAAAAUCCGAGCACCACACUCUGACCUGCUUCAUUCUACGGCGAUUCACCAAGUUGGAACAAGCAAAAAGCCCACCGCUAUCCUGCUCUCGCUACCAUUCCAGAAACUACUAAAUGUCUCUCUUCUAGCAAUCAAGUUCGGAUUUCCCUGAAGUGAAAGCAGACGAAUUGGAAAUGCACUCAUUUUCUAUCAGAGCUUUUUCUUCUUUAAUUAAAAAGGAAAAAAGAAAUCAAUAACAACCUAUUUUAGGGGGGUAAUACUGACUCUCUUCUGUUGUAGGUAGAACUGAACAUAAUUUACAAAUGCUAGAAUUUAUUAGCCAAACUUGAAUUCUAGUUUUAAGAAAAAAAAAACUGUGAAUUUUUUUUUUCUUUCCUUAUAUUUAUGCAUUAUACAGCCUAGCUAUAAGAAAUCGAUUAUAUCUUUUUUUGUUGUUUCCUUGAUUAUGUGCUACUUACAGGUAACCUGUUUUUUUUUAAUUUUCAAAGAGAGUUUCAGGUUCAUCUUUGAAGCUUUUGUUGCUCUCUUUCCUAGUUUUUUGAACUGAUGUAGGCAUUUUAGUUUUGGUUUUGUUUUGGUUUGUGUGUCUUUUUUUAAAUCCAUCAUCUGGUCGUGGAGGGUGUGGGAGGUGCCUUGUGGGUAUUAACUGAUCUAAGACUGUGCCUGAAGCUUUGUGAAUCUGAGCUCAUCUCAAUUCUAGACCUACCACAUCGAGAUCUCUUGAGUAAUGAGAAAGGUUUGCUGUAUCAGACUUGAAACAGAAUAUGGCCUGAAUUCUGCUUUGUUGGGGGUGGGGGGGGGGGGGAAGUCUACAAGCCGAAAACUUCUUAUAAACAGUUGCCAUUAAGCUUUUAAAAUAUGCCUUUACUUUGCCCAUCUCUGAUUUGGCUUAUCUCUAAAAGUUUAGGAAUUUUUGUGUUAUAACAAUUUAAAAAAACUUGAAGAGAAUCUAAGCUUUACUUGAAAUUCUGCAGAACACCAUGGUGGAGUGCAAAGGAGAAGGGGCUUUGUGCAAUGACUUAAGGGUAAAAAGAAAUAAAAUGGUUACAGACUUUAAAAAAAAUACUUUUGACAGAAGUAGUCAUAUGCUUAACCUGUGGCAUAGAUAUUUUGGAGCUAGUAAAUCAUUAGAUGGAUUCUCUAAUUUGAAGCAUAUUUUUCAGGAGGUGGGUUUCUUGGACAUUGCCAUGUUCAGCCACUUCCAUGCUAAACAUAGAUAAACGGCAUCUCUCUCUGACAUACGGGAGGGGCAAAAAGAAUGGCAGAUAUGUUAUUUAAAAGUUAUUUAUAAUGCCUUGUCAUAAAUGUUUGAGGUGUUCUAGAGCCAUUUGCAUACAACUCAAUGUAAUUUCAUUCCAUUCUAUUGUUUACACAAUGAUUACUCAAAGACUGACUGCAGAGGUAAAAGGAAAAUAAAGUGUAUUGCACAAA